AUGUCGGAACAACCUUCCCCACCGCAAGGUCUCCUCGGCAAUCAAACCUCAAAACCGAUCGUCAGAACGGAGUCAGGCCAUGUUCGUGGCAGAACCGCCGACAAUGUCCACGUGUUCAAAGGGGUGCCGUUUGCUGCACCACCUUUUGGGCCCAAUUAUCUCCGUCCUCCACAGCCGCCGGAGCAUUGGGAAGAUGUGCGUGACACACUAAGUUUCGGGCCCAAGUCGCCGCAGGUCCCCUAUCCCCCGGGGAUUGCUGAGGGCCUUGCAGAACUAGUCAGCAGUGGUGAAGACUGUCUGACGCUUAACGUCUGGGCACCUAGCCUCGGUACCGCGGGGCGGCCAGUAAUGGUCUGGAUUCCCGGCGGUAUGUUUGAGUUCCAUGCUACUGGCGCUGUAGCCUACUACGAUGGUGCUAGGUUUGCCCGCGACGGCGUCGUGUGUGUAACGAUCAACUACCGCGUGGGUGCCCAAGGAUUUCUCUAUCUAGCCGAUGGCACCCCCAACCUUGGCCUGCUUGACCAGAUCGCCGCUCUCGAAUGGGUGCAGAAGAACAUAAAGGCAUUCGGCGGCGAUCCCAGCAGGGUAACUAUCUUUGGGGAGUCGGCCGGUGCCAUGAGCGUCGCCACACUACUGGCUGUCCCCAAGGCAAAGGGGCUGUUCCGCCGAGCGAUUGUGCAAAGCGGGAGCAACCCAAAACUCAAUUCAGCAGCAACAUCGAAGCGGAUCGGACAGCGAUUGGCAGAGAUUCUAGGCAUCGAGGCUACAUUGGAGGCCAUCAAGCCGAUAUCGUCUGAUCGUAUCCUCCAGGCUCAGGCUCAGCUGCGAGACGAGCUGACCACGCGCCCUGACCCGACUUUGUGGGGCGAGGUUGCGCUCAGUUUUAUCCCGUGGGCACCCACAAUUGACGGUGAUAUUCUCCCGAUGCAUCCAAUCGAUGCUAUUCAUGCUGGUGCUGCAGCCGACAUUGAUUUGGUGGUUGGCUCUAACACCGAGGAAACACGUCUUUUCUUAGUCCCAGACGGAUCCAUCGAUCGCAUUACGGAAGAGAGCUUGUCCGCGAUAGCCGGCGUGUACGGCCUGCCGCCAGAGGGCGUCGACGCAUAUCGUGUAUUGCAUCCAGGAGCCACUGCUGGUGAGCUAUUCCCGGCGAUCCAGACCGAUUGGUUCUGGCGGAUCCCUGCCAAUCGCUUUGCCGACGCCCAUGAAGAGGCGGCUCGAGCAUCGACGUAUAUGUAUGAGUUUGCCUGGCAAUCGCCUCAGAUGGGUGGCCGCCUCGGCGCGUCACAUUCUUUCGAGAUUCCCUUCGUUUUCGACACGCUCGGUCUCGGAACGGAACCCCUUCUUGGUCCAACUCCUUCGCAAGAGCUCGCUGAUGCCAUGCAUCAGGCCUAG